GGAAGGUCGGCGGCGGGUAUAUAAGGGACGGGUGUGUCUCCGACCUCCCUACAGUGCCGUGCACCGUACGUUGCCCACCUCGAGUUUGACCACGUUCUCUAUCGAGAGGCGUUCUCAUACCCGUGUGGACGUAACAUCACCAUUCGUGGAAACGACACGCGCUUCACAGAUGGGUCUGCUUCAUGGCUUAACGCCCUCAAGAGCCAUAUGGUAUUCGGACGGCAACGUCAUCCUGGUCGCAGGCAAUCAAGCAUUCCGCGUCCAUAAGGGCAUCCUGUCGCAGUAUUCACCCGUCUUCCGUGACCUCUUCACGAUACCCCAACCGCAGUGCGAGCUGCUCAUUGACGGCUGCGCCGUCGUGCACCUCCCCGAUGACCCCCUCCAUCUGGAGUUCCUUCUCAGUGCCAUGUACGACCGAUCGUUUUUCAAUGGUGCGGGGAAGUCACAACAAAUCGCAGAGGUAGCGGCCGGCAUCCUCGCCCUCGCGCACAAGUACAACAUUGAGAGUUUCUACGAGGAGGCGGUCUAUCGCCUGGCCGAGGAUUACCCGACGACCUUCGACCGUUUUCACUCAACGGAGCAAUACACGUUGGACCCAUUCGAGGCCGCCCACCAUGCCGGCUCAAUCUUUCUGAUUAACGUCGCCCGCCGUCUCCGCACGCCAGAGCUGCUUGAAAUGUUACCUCUCGCUUUCUAUCUGUGCUGCCUGCUAGACGGCGACCUCCUUGUACAUGGCGUAAAAAGGUCGAACGGCGAACGCGAGAAACUCUCCCCUGAUGACUUACGCCGGUGCAUCGACGGGAAGGAAGAACUGAUGAAGGCUAACGGUGCUGCUACCACGUGCCUGGCCCUGUCCCCGGGCAACCUCUCCGAGGAUUGCACUACGCUUGAUGAAUGCAAGGCGGUGCUCCUUGCAAUCAUGCUCGACGCCUUCGAGUCUGACAUCCUCUCGGCCUGUGAUGCCCUGACGAACAUAGGCCCCUGGAUCGAGGAGAAGGCUAAGACGCUCGGUAUGUGCGACAGUUGUGGCGACCAUCUACGCAACACGCACCGCGAUGCGCAGAAGGUGAUAUGGAAUGAUCUGAGAGGGAUCUUCAAUCUUCACGAGCAUAAGCAUUCGUCUGACUAGCUCAUGCCGUCCGGACGCUGAAAGCAAUGUGUAUAUCUUUCUCUAUCGCGACGUCUUCGAAGUCGUGCAUACUGUACGCGUGUCGGACUGGUUUCAACAGUACUCUCCCCCUACGUAUCACAUAUUAUGAUUCUCUAGUUCCUUCCAAUCGGUCGACAGGAUAUGCAUGUAUAAUCC